AUGACCUCAAGAGACAUCCUCGGCAAUGAGCGAUUCGGAAACCGAGAUAAUCGAGAGCAGUAUGUCCUCGAUGCGGCUUGGGCUCUGUAUAUGAUGAGUAGGAGGGAUGUGGGGGAGGCGAAGGAGCAGAUGCAGGACAGGGAGAGGGACAAGAGAGAGAAGAGAGCGAAGCAGAGGGAGGGAGAGGAGGAGGCGAGGAAGGGGGAGGAGAAGGGGAGCCGUCCACGCCAUCAUUCAAAUUGGCAUACCGAGCGACUUCAAGCGCACUCCGCCGACCGACGGAUUACCACGUUCGCCAUAAUUUCGAAGCCAAAACUGCCCACUGGGAUGGAAUUUGCGCAAGGCGGACACACCGUUGAUAUGGACGAUCGAUCGAACACCAAAGAAGUUUCAGAACCCGGCGAUCACACAUGGCUCCGGAUUCAUGUAUACCCCCGUAAUUACAUUCUGGAACUGCGCGCGGCGACGGAAGAGACUACAGAGCCGAGCUCCGAUGGAUUCUCCCUCGGCAAGGCAAGAGAUGGUACACUUUGGCAGGUGUUUGGAAAUCCGUGGCAGGAUAACGACUUUGUGUACAGCAUCGCGCCAGAACAUCGCGUAGGGCAACUUCGCGAACAUCGCACCAAGGUCGCUGUCCAGAAAAUGGGUGGUCCAACUCCCUUCAAAUCCUCGGGAUACAUUGUGUCGUACCUCGAAGAUCCCAACGACCAAGAAUCAUGGCGAGGAGAAGAUGAGGUCAAAGAACGGAACAGCUACCUCAAGGCUUGUCUGGAUUGCCACGAAUACUACGACAAGCCUAGGAAAGAGGCUCUGGCAAUGCUGGUCGCAUUCGGACUUCCGGAGGACGAUGCAAUUGGUAUCUACUGCAGACAGAAACUGCUGCACCGGUCCGGAUGGCCCUUGAAGCACGAAGAGGUUCCGGAAAUGCUGGAUAUCUUUCGGCGGAACCCAACACGGAGAGGCUUCCGGGACACAUAUUAUUGGCUGUCCAAUGGAAGCACGGGGAAUCUCAAGCUGCCUGUCACAGUCAAGCUCGAGCUUGAAUGGGGUCCUAGGGUGCACGAUCUGAAUCCGGGCCCCAAGGAGUUUGAUCACUGUUUCCCUGAACAGGUUCAAGUCCUGGAAGAGGACAACGAGUACAGCGAUGGCGACGACUGGGACGAAGACGGCACUGAUGCCCGCAACAUUCGCGUGCUCUUUGAUCUCGCCCCAGGUCCGCCCAUCAACCGCAAACCUCCGGUCAAGUUUGCAGCCGACAUCUCAUCGUAUCCCAGGACACACAUCGCACGGCUCGGAGACAUUUUGCAGCAAGGAGGAUCACUCUUGCAUCCGGAGAGACUAUACGGAGAUCUCAAGGUCGUCGGCAUUAGUCUUAACGAGCAUCUCAAACAACGCUCGAAGCCAAUCGAGCAGGAGGAGAAACACAGGGAUGGUUAA